UUCUCUUACAUACAAACACGAACCCUUGUCUCCCUCUCUACCUCGUCGCCUCGAAAAGCCCAGCGGAUUUUCUCGCGCUCUCUCUCGACUCGAGCCGAUCAGGUUUCCCCAUUUUCCCGAGAAGAUGAGAGAAAUCCUUCACAUCCAAGGCGGUCAAUGCGGGAACCAGAUUGGCGCCAAGUUCUGGGAGGUGAUCUGCGACGAGCACGGUAUUGACCCUACCGGUAGGUACUGUGGCGAUUCCGAUCUCCAGCUCGAGAGAAUCAACGUUUAUUACAACGAGGCUAGCGGCGGAAGGUAUGUCCCACGCUCCGUUCUCAUGGAUCUGGAGCCUGGGACCAUGGAUUCCGUCAGAUCUGGUCCCUUCGGACAGAUCUUCCGACCGGACAACUUCGUCUUCGGUCAGUCCGGCGCCGGCAACAACUGGGCUAAGGGACAUUACACGGAGGGAGCAGAGUUGAUCGAUUCGGUGCUCGAUGUUGUCAGGAAGGAAGCCGAGAAUUGCGACUGCUUGCAGGGAUUUCAAGUCUGCCACUCCUUGGGAGGAGGGACUGGCUCUGGAAUGGGAACACUUCUCAUCUCCAAGAUCAGAGAGGAGUACCCAGAUCGGAUGAUGCUCACUUUCUCGGUUUUUCCAUCUCCCAAGGUCUCUGAUACGGUCGUCGAGCCCUACAAUGCCACUCUAUCUGUUCACCAGCUGGUCGAAAAUGCCGACGAAUGCAUGGUUUUGGACAACGAAGCUCUCUACGACAUCUGUUUCCGCACGCUGAAACUAGCCACUCCUACCUUCGGAGAUCUGAACCAUCUCAUCUCCGUCACGAUGAGCGGAGUCACAUGCUGUCUCCGUUUCCCGGGACAACUCAACUCCGACCUCCGGAAGCUAGCGGUCAACCUAAUCCCGUUCCCACGUCUCCACUUCUUCAUGGUGGGGUUCGCCCCUCUCACAUCCCGUGGCUCACAGCAGUACCGAGCCUUGACCGUCCCCGAACUGACCCAACAAAUGUGGGACGCCAAGAACAUGAUGUGCGCAGCCGACCCGCGGCACGGGCGGUACCUCACGGCCUCGGCAGUGUUCCGGGGGAAGAUGAGCACGAAAGAGGUGGACGAGCAGAUGAUCAACGUGCAGAACAAGAACUCGUCCUACUUUGUGGAGUGGAUCCCGAACAACGUGAAAUCCAGCGUGUGCGAUAUCCCGCCGACGGGGCUGAGAAUGGCGUCGACAUUCGUCGGGAACUCGACGUCGAUACAGGAGAUGUUCAGGCGGGUGAGCGAGCAGUUCACAGCCAUGUUCAGGAGGAAGGCGUUCCUGCAUUGGUACACGGGCGAGGGGAUGGACGAGAUGGAGUUUACGGAGGCCGAGAGUAAUAUGAACGAUCUGGUGGCGGAGUAUCAGCAGUACCAGGACGCUACGGCCGACGACGAGGACGAGUACGAGGAGGAGGAAGACGAUGAGGUUCCCGCCUGAGAUCUUUACAUCUUUUCCUUUAAAUUUUUUGUGAUAUUUGCUGUAUUGUAAUUUGUAUCUACUCAGAAGGGAAAAAAAAAAACUGAUAUUGUUUUGGGGUUUGGGGAUUUGUUUUUUUUUUUUUUUUUUGAGUGAUUUGUAUUUGGUGUGAAAAGUUGCAAAAGAUGGAUUUGUUGGGUGUUUUCUGUAACUGAAGAUGAAUUUUUUUUUGGGGCAGUAUUCUCAUUA